AAGGAUGAGAUGAGGAAACAAAGCAAUCUCUCCUAAGUCCAUCAGCGAUGGCCCGACCCAACCCGCCAGCCGCACCUCGCGGCCUCGGCCUCGGCCCACGACUGCCUCUCCCACCCGCGCAGGCCGCUUGCCAGCCCAGCUCGCCUCUCGGCCUCGGCCCAAGCCCGCCGCUCUCGCCCACGCCCGCCCGCCGUGUGACAAACCUGCCUAUAUAACCGGCCCUUCUCACCCCGCGCCCCUUCCCUUCCCCUCCCCUUCUUCCGCCGCCGACGCCGAGGCGCCUUCCUCGUCCCAUCUCGUCGCCGACGACCGCUGCUUGCCUCCUCUCCGUCAGCCCCGAAGGUUUGCAACAAUGGUUCGCCCGGUGAUGGCGAAGUUGCUGCGCCCAGAUUUGCUGCAAGGCAGCGACUAUGUAAAGGGAUAUGAGAUCGAUGGCCUUCGUACCCCAUAUGUGAUUUGGAGGGAGAACUACCUCGAUUCAAUUAACCGCACCCUGGUAAAACUCAACUACCAGCUGCCAGCGGGUGUGCAAGUGGACCUAAACAUGAAUCGAUCUUGUUUUCCGGUUGUGGGCUGGAUGUCUGUUGAGGAUCUCUUGGAAAUCGUUAGUGUUGAGCUUCGUGACAGAGGUGUCAUUCCUGUAGCAGUCUAUGCUGAAGGAAAGAUCAUUCCAGCAGAUUGUCGCUUCUCCUACAUCAACAAGCAGUAUAUGGGGCAAAACGGUUUCAUCACUCUUGACUGCGUUACUGAGAGGGUCGAGGAGGAAGGUGAGGAUGAAGCUGUUGACGAUCUCUUCUGAAACUUCGACAGCUCUGGACUUGGAUUGAGGCAAAAAGGAAGUCGAGUCUGAUGCAGUACCUCUUACUAUAAUAUUAGCUAUAAAUAUUUGAGCCCGCUCAAACUCUGUAUUUUGAUAAGGUUCUUUGGCACCUUGGAUAGAUUACCCUGUGGGCGUUAUGUUUUGUAUUGGUUACCUUAUUACUCGGAUUAUGCAAUGUUUUGGAACGGAGUGAAUUAUCUGGAUGAUAUGGCCAAUUUAUA